AUGUGUCGCCUCCUGAAUGUCUUGCUAGCGUUGCUGAGCCGCUUCCUGUUUGCUGUCCACGGGGUGGUGACAGUGUGGCGUGUGGUGGCUGUUAAAGCGGAGCCGCUCUAUUGGCUGCUGUUGACAGGCGUAGCUCUGUUGGGUGUGGAAGUGGCUAUCACUCUGAAAUGCACCCGCAAUGCAGAGUGGAAAUGGUUCUCCCCCAUGGUUUUCCUGUACCUCAGUACUGUCAUCCCAUCCAUUUGGUUUCUGGAGCUGAGCCUGCUACAGUCCAAGCUGCCUUUCAACAAUUCCUCAGGCCAUGAGAUUCAUUUGCUGGCUCAUAUCCCGAUCUCAGCGGGAAUUAAGGAUCUGGACCCAGAGAACUGGGUAGCUGGCCUGGAGCAGACCAUGCUCAUAGUCUUGGUGCUGGGUCGCUGGCUAAUGCCCAAGGGCGAUAUGUCACGUGACCAACUCUCACAGCUUCUCAUGGUCAACGUGGGGCUGGGUGCUGACAUCCUGGAUAUCUUUGACACGUUCAAGGAGCCCGAAGUCAAAACCAACCAGGCAGUUGUCAUCGUUGGCUUGGCCCUCUUCUCUUGGGCACUCAUGCAAUUUCCUUUGGUUCUCACUCAGACGCGGCCCCAAAAAAGCGGUCCCUUCUGCUGCCCCGAAGCUCCGCCCUCAUUCACCUCCUGCUGCUCCAGUGAAGUCUGGAGCUUGCUGCUCACAGUGGGACUCCAAGAUGGCCCAUUCCUGCUCUACCGGAUCUACCUCAUGGUGCAAGAGAAGGUCCUCAACCAGCUCAUGAUUUUCUUCACUUGCAAGAAUAUCCUCAUUGUGCUUUUGGAGCUCUACAGAAUAUUUGUGGUGCAGUGUGAGCAGCAGGUAUCAGGAUUGGAGAGGUGUGCUGCUCUGGUGCUCCAGUGUCAAGCCCAGGGGGGCAGUGAGGAGAAGGAGGUGGAAGAAGAAGUGGGUAAAGAUGAGCGCUGUGAAGAGCAGAGCUGUCAUAUAGACAUGAAGAAGGGGACAGAGAGGAAGGAAGAUCAGAGAGGUGUCCAGGUAAAGAAAGGCUCAAAAUGCCGUGAGGCAUGA